AUGGGUCGUAGUUAUGCUGUCUAUACUGAUGAUGUUAAUGAUGCUGCUGCCGACGCCGACGACGCCGACGCUGCCGACGACGCCGGAGCCGACGCCGGAGCCGACACCAGACCCAGCCGUCUGAGGCUGGCCACGGGACAGACAGUGACUGGUCCCCCGCUGUUAGUGUACCCGGAGCGACUAAUUUAUGAAGGAAGCGCCAGUGUUUGUAGUCAUGGGUCAGAGUUGUCACCUCCUAGUCAUGGGUCAGAGUUGUCACCUCCUAGUCAUGGGUCAGAGUUGUCACCUCCUAGUCAUGGGUCAGAGUUGUCACCUCCUAGUCAUGGGUCAGAGUUGUCACCUCCUAGUCAUGGGUCAGAGUUGUCACCUAGUCAUGGGUCAGAGUUGUCACCUCCUAGUCAUGGGUCAGAGUUGUCACCUCCUAGUCAUGGGUAA